UUAUGUUCAAAUUGGCGUUGUAAACGGUGGUGAUUUAAAUACAAUUAAAUAACGGACAAAUAUUUACAGUUAAUUACUGCAAGCAGCAACAAUAACCGGUUAAAGCUCCGUCCGCAAACAAGGAUAUAAAAUUUUGAAAUUAUGAGUGAAAAUGGACCAGGAUGUCGGAAAUAUAAUAAUGGAAUUUUAUACAAGAAUUUGUAAAAGUUUUUUAUGAAUUUAAAUUUGUGUUCUAUUUAAAAUAAUUGCAUUAAAGAAACCUUAUAAGUGCUUUUAGUGAAAUCAAAAGAAUCUUUUGCAAUAAUUUAUGUUAAAUCAAUUGAAAUCUUGUUGUACAAAGCCCUUUAUCCUCCACGUCCUAUUUAAAAUUCCCCUAAUUCCUUUUACUUGUGCUAAAAAUUUAUAAUAAUAUGCCAAAUAUUGACCCGGGCGAAAAUAACGAUACUUUUAACAAGUUUGACAACUUGCAACUAACAAAACCCACGUCACUGGAAAGUUUGACUUGUGAACAGCAUCAACUUUUAGAGGAUAGUUCUAAAGCUGAAAGUUCUCGUAACAUACACUCUGAUCCGGAGGAGACUCAAGCUAAGACCAAAAGUCGUUCACGUUUUUCCUCUGCUCUUAAAAAGCUCUCACGUUCUACUCGUAAAAAAGAGAAACCAAAUAUCAAAGGCUCUUCCACAGCUACCGAAUCUUCUGAGCAGAUUGUUUCAAGUGGAACUGAAGAUUUACCCGAAUCUAAACUGUCAACAGAUGAGGAUAAGAAAUCAAAGAAAAAGAAGAAAUCUGGUAAAUCUUUAUUUGGACUGAAAAAGUCCAAGGUAGUGCCGAAACAAGACCAAGACACAAAACUAAAUUUCGAAGAACAGGAGACUGCAAAACUUUUGCAGCCGAUUUUUCAGGAUAAUGAAAAUGAAGUAGUUGUUACUACGGAACGUCUAACACCUUUGAACUCUAGAAGUAAAGUUCAAAUUACCAUAAAAUCGAAGAAAAUCGAAACCGUGGCUUCACAAGAACUAUUAAAUAAAAACCCAGCAACUCCAUCAUCAUCACCAACGCCAACGCCGUCCCCAAGCAAUAACACCAAUACCUUAGAUGAUAAUAAACCUAAGACCUCAGAUACCGUGACGAAAUCAUCUGAUGAACCAUUAGAUAAAAGCAAAAAACUCAAACCUAAACAUACAACUCAAACGACGCAGAAACCCUCAACAACAGCAACAGCACAAUCUAAAAGUAAACAGCAAGAAGAGAUAACAAUCACUCAAAGUUCUAAAGAUACGCCACCCAAAGAGAGAGCACCCACUAAGCCAUCACGCUUAACAACGACAACAAAUACGAGUACGACAACAUCUACACCUACCAGUCAAACGAGUACAAGCAGUGGUGCAAUACGCAAAACAUCUACCACAACUAGAGCAGCUAUUAAACUAGUAACGGGUGCAAAAUCCAAACAAAAAUCAUCGUCUUUGAAGACCGCAAAAGGAUCCAGCGCCAGCAAUAACAGCACAGCUGUCAAUACGACAACAGCCGCAACAGAUAAAACUGUAGCAACGACAAAAAAGGAAACAGAAUUAAUGAUAAAUCCACAAAGAGGUCACAGACUUCCAAGACCUACCUCAACAACAACACCACCACCAAAUACUGUUAAGCAACCCCAACUUGUGGAAUCAGCAGUUGCUGAACCAGCAACAGCCACACAUGCAACUCAAGCCAUAGAUCAUACAUCACUGCCAACGAAUUCAUUAAUCCAAAAACAACUACAACCAACAACACCCGACAGUCUGACUACUUGUAAAAGUUUACCACAAACAUCGUCUGAAAUUCAAUCUUCUUCAACUAACGCUUCAUUGGCAACACCGCCGACGCCGCCGAUUUCAAUCACAACAACAUCAGCCACCGACGACAUUACCACUGUUAGACAGCAGCAACAGGAAAAUAUACAAACAUCUCCCAUUGACAAUUCGAAUUCAGUUCAAUUAAAAACCUUUCCACAAGCAGACGAUCACAUCUCAAUAGCGGAAAGUGUUAAACCAGGCGAUUAUUCCACGCAUUACGAUUCCCUUGAAGCUAUCAAGGAACCGGUUACCGUACAUUUCGCUGUAGGCAGUCCAGUUAGAGCUCCUUUCCAGCAGUCUUUAUUUGAGUUUACCAUUCAGCAACCGGUCAAUCUAUCGGAAAAAUACAUUGACGACAAAGAUACAUCCUUAGCAGAGGCAAAUCGUCGUCGCAUACACUAUAUAUCACAGUCGAGUAUAUACGACGAGUUAAAUUCGUUGGAAUUGAAACGUUCUCAUUUCCGUUAUCAAUCGGGUGUUAGUGAUUUAUCUUUGGAUACGGACGAAAACCAAGUUUCACUUGAAGAGUUACAACAGAUGCCAGCUUUUGGUGAUUUAACUAUGGAUCAAGAUAUGGAACCGACUGUAAUGACAUCAUCAAGCACUGAAAAGCGUGAGCAUCUCUAUAAAAUUCUAGUCAUCGGUGAAUUGGGCACUGGCAAAACAUCAUUUAUCAAACGUUAUGUUCAUCAGUUUUUCAGUCAAAAUUAUCGUGCCACAAUUGGUGUGGAUUUCGCUUUAAAAGUUUUACACUGGGAUCCCAAUACGAUUGUACGUUUACAGUUAUGGGAUAUUGCCGGUCAGGAGCGUUUCGGUAAUAUGACAAGAGUGUAUUAUAAGGAAGCCGUUGGUGCCUUUAUUGUUUUCGAUGUAACACGUAGCGGUACAUUUGAUUGUGUUAGUAAAUGGAAAGAGGAUUUAGAUUCUAAAGUACAAUUGCCAGAUGGUAGUCCGAUUCCGUGUAUAUUGCUGGCCAAUAAGUGCGAUCAAGAUAAACAGGGUGUUGUAACGAAUACCGAGAAAAUGGAUGAAUAUGUUAAGGAACAUGGUUUUGCUGGAUGGUUUGAAACAUCCGCCAAAGAAAAUAUUAACAUAGAUGAGGCAGCUAGAGCGUUAGUUAAUAAGAUUUUAUUAAACGAUAAACUAAUAAGUGCUGCAGAUUUGGCCGAUAGUGAAAAAUUCAAUCUCAACAAUACGGGAGAUCAAACAGCUUUAGAUGGCAAAAACAAAUGUUCCUGUUGAUUUUGUUUUUAUCAUCAUUAAUAUUAUUAUUAUAUUUAAAUAUUAUCAUUAUUACUAUUAUUAUUUAAAUAUAUUGAGAGAAAAUUAAAAUACUGUUUGCCUUAUACAUAUAUUUAUAAAA